CGUCACAAAUGUCUACGGUCAUUGUUAAAUUCCAGCAAUUUGUUUUAAGGCGCAUAAAUUAUCAUAGAUAAUUUUACGACCUAUCAAACGGGUUUACUAUCAAUAAUAUAUAGCUUUAGUUUAGUUUGUUGUGUCUACCUGACAAGCUUGGUGACUUAAUUUGCUACAAAAUAUUUAUUUUCAUGCCACCAAGUUACAGUAAAUUAUUUAGUGAUAAUUUUGUUGGUAUUUCAUGUACCGAUCUUGUACAUCCAGGAGAAUCAUGUAGUCAGUCACUGUUAAAAUAUAUUUUGACUGACAUGCCAAUCGGAGCAAUGAAAUUUUACUUUCCUGUGUGCUUAACAUCCUUACUAGUCAAUAUCAAGAGAUGGAACGAGCUGAAGACAUGGAUAGAUUUUAUAAAAAUGCUUGCCAAAUGCUUAACGUUUGCGGGGACUUUUGGUCUAUCCAUUUUUGGUGGACUUUGUCUUGAGUAUCAGUUCUUUAAGAAAUAUCAUUAUCAUUUUAUAAUCUGGCUCCCGACAGUUGUUGCAUCAUUAACUUCUAUUAUACUACCUCCACCAAUUAUUAAGGCUGAGUCGCUUGCACUUUUUAACUUUUAUAUAGAAUAUUUAAUAAAAAGUUCAAGGAAUGGCUUUGUUCAAAGGUUAAAACGAUCUCUUCUGUCUGGAACUGUCGUAUUUGCAGCAUUUAAUGCCCUUGUCAUGUGCGGAAUGCUUAAGGCUAGAUGUCCAAAUUUUUGGUUUUCAAAAUUUACAUAUUCGAAAGACGAAAAAGCAAAAAACACUUGUCAAAGAAUUCACACAAACUUGACCUGUACUAAUUACUUAAUCAAGGAACUUAAGCACGCAUCGUCAUUUGCAUUGGGAUUUUGUGUCAUCAAAUGUAUUUUGACAUGUCUUGGGAAACUCUCAAGUAGUCCCUUGACAGUUCUGAAAGUGUUCUUUAAGAGUUUUGAUUUUAAACUUUUUACUUUCAUUGCUGGAAUCGAUGGAAUAUUUAAGACUCUCUUUUGCUUGCUGAAUCAGAAAACAUCAUUCAAUUCCAUAACAAAUUGCGGAAUAUCCUCAUUUAUUGGUGGUCUUACGUACGCAUUCUUCCCGCGCUAUGAAAUAUUUACAUUAGCAAUAUCAAAUGCAAUUGCAACAUUCUUUGGAGCCUUGCUGAACAGUUACGAAAAAAAGAAGAAGGACGUGCCAAAAAUUAUUGAAGCAAUUGACAAGCUGCCGAUUUAUUAUUUAAUGUUAAUUGCUGUUGUGCCAGUAUUAAUGCACAAUAGAUUGUUUUAUCCAUAUGAUGUAAAUCAAACUGUUUCCAAUUUCCUAAGACUCGGAUCUAAUGGAAAGGAUCGUGAUAUCAUUUAUAGAGGAAUAAGCGUAUUUUUGGGAUACAAAAUAAAAUAAAGAAGAGUUGAAUGAAGUC